AUGGUCAAGAUUGCCAACCUUGGAAGCAGCUUCUCCGCCGGCCCUGGCAUUCCUCCCCAGAUAAACACUGCAGCCAGUCGUUCCGGCGCAAAUUUUGCACACCUACUGGCCAAACGUCUGAACGCAGAAUUGACAGAUCUGAGUGUGUCUGGAGCUACACUUUUAAACAUAAUAGACACACCCCAAGUCGCCAACGGUCAGACAUUUCAACCUCAAAUCCAAGGUGUUCCCGAGGAUGCCGAUAUUGUACUUGUACUGGGUGGCGGCAACGAUAUGUCCUAUGUUGGAGGCUUGUUCAUGGAACAUUCGUGGAUGAUGACAGCAUUAUCUCUGGUCAAUCGUGUUAAGGGCGUCUCACCACCAAGUAUGCCGAAACCUGCCGAUGAAGAAGAGGUCGUAAGACGAUUCGGAAAAGUCCUUGAUGCUGUACACGCCAAAGCUCCCAAAGCACGCGUCAUCGUCAUCGAGUACUUGACACUACUGGGACCUGAUAUCAAGCCCGGGGUUGACGUUCCCUUUGAUGCCGAGAGAUUGAAGCACCAUCAAGCAAUUGCAGCCAAGCUGCAGAGUGCCACUACCAAGGCCGUCGAGUCUCGAUCAGACUGGUGUGAGCGGGUACCAAUGGCUGAAUUAAGUCAAGACCAUGCGAUCGGCAGUGCAGAGCCAUGGGUAUUCGGAUGUACCGCUAUGGAGCAGUUGGCGGGCAAAACCUGGUAUCACCCCAACGGCCAAGGCAUGAAAGCUGUUGCCGAAGUCUUGUACGAACGCAUCAAGAAGAAUCGAAGUGGUCUGAGUAAAAUCUAG